AUGGAGGACCCCGAGAAGAAGCUGAACCAGAAGAGUGACGGCAAACCCCGGAAAGUACGAUUUAAGAUCUCCUCCUCCUACAGCGGCCGCGUGUUGAAGCAGGUCUUUGAGGAUGGGCAGGAAUUAGAAUCGCCAAAGGAGGAGUAUCCUCACAGUUUUCUCCAAGAGUCCCUUGAGCCAAUGGAUGGUGUUUACGGGUCUGGGGAAGCCCCCAAGCCCCGGCCAUACUCCCCCAAGCUGACUGCUCAAAGGAUCAGCGUGUUUAGAGAGGGCAAUGCCUACACUCUGGCCGGCAGCCAGCCUUUCUUCAACGAUUACAAGGCAAAUGACCAUAAGUCCCCACCUAUUAUAGAUUUUGGAAAGAUAAUCAUCUACACGAAUAACCUGAAAAUCAUUCGAACCCCCAUGGACAAGAGAGACUUCAUGAGGAAGAUUCUCCAGAAGGAAGGAGAGGUUGAGGAAGAGUCUCUGAUGAGCAAAGAAGAAAUCUAUGGAAACAGCGACCAGAACAAUGGGCCUCUGGCAGAGACAGAAAGCGCGUUCCCCCUCAACCAGUACCCACAGGAAGGGGAGCUUCCAGAUGACAACUGCUUUCACUGCCGAGGGUCGGGCAGUGCCACCUGCUCUCUGUGCCAUGGCAGCAAGUUCUCGAUGCUGGCCAACAGAUUCAAGGAGUCCUACCGGGCUCUGCGGUGCCCUGCCUGCAAUGAGAAUGGCCUGCAGCCUUGCCAGAUUUGCAAUCAAUAG